UCGGGGAAAUUUUGCGGGCAACGAGCCGGUUGUCAGGGAAGCAGGGGGGAAAAAAGGCGGCGGCGGGCGGGCGGGCGCAUCAUCACACUGCACUCACUCACUGCAUUCUGCAUUCUUUUGUUCUUUCCCCUUCUUCCCCUUCAAUUUCAUUAUCUUCCCACACCACACACACACACCACAACAAUUUCCAUCACAUUCAUUCCUCCCUUUCUUUUCUUUUAAACUUUUCUACUUACUGGCUUGGACAGUGAUAUUGCGCUUCCUUACGUCUGUCUUUCUGACGAUCCUUUCCAUCUGUACUUCUUGACUGUUGACCUUUUUUCAACCCCCUCACCCCCCCCCCCUGAAAUUUAAUUUACCCCGCCAUGGCCCCUCCUAAGGUCUUUUCGCUUGAGGGCAAAGGCCUCAAGCUGGACACCGCUGAGGACAUUGAGACCCAUAUCAAGCCCUUGUUGGAGAGCACCGACUACACUGAGAUCCGCUUUGGAGGAAACACCCUGGGGGUCCCCGCCUGCGAGCGCCUCGCCGCCGUGCUGUCCACCCAAAAGAGCCUCGAGGUCGCCGAGCUGGCCGACAUCUUCACCUCGCGUCUGCUGAGCGAGAUUCCCGACGCUCUGACCUUCCUCCUGAACGCCCUUCUCGAGAUCUCCACUCUCCACACCGUUAACCUGUCCGACAAUGCCUUCGGUGCCAACACUCAGAAGCCCCUCGUCGACUUCCUCGCCCGCCACGUGCCCCUCCGCCACCUGAUCCUGAACAACAACGGUAUGGGCCCCGAGGCCGGCUCCAACAUCGCCAAGGCCCUCACCGAACUCGCUGAGCGCAAGGAGGAGGCUCGCAAGGCUGGCAAGGAAGUGUCUCUCCUGGAGAGCAUUGUCUGCGGUCGGAACCGCCUGGAGAACGGCAGUAUGGCUGCCUGGGCACGUGCCUACGAGGUGCACGCUGCCGGCAUGCGCUCCGUGAAGAUGACCCAGAACGGUAUCCGCCAGGAAGGUAUCUCUUUGCUGCUGAAGGAGGGCCUUAGCCACUGUAAGGCUCUGGAGGUCGUCGAUCUUCAGGACAACACUUUCACCGUUAUGGGUUCGACCGCUCUGGCCGGUGUUCUGGGUAACUGGGCCUCUCUUCGCGAGCUGGGUGUCAGCGACUGCUUGCUCUCGGGCCGUGGCGGUGUCAAGGUUGCCCAGGCCCUGGCUGAGGGUAAGAACGAGAAGGUGCAGACCCUGCGUCUUCAGUACAACGAAAUCACGGCCGAGGGUGUCAAGCAGUUUCUCUUCGCGACCAAGUCUGGUCUUCCCGCCCUGCGCCGUAUCGAGCUGAACGGUAACAUCUUCAUGGAGGAUGAUGACAACGUGACUGAGCUGCGCGAGAUCCUCGAGGCUCGCAAGGAAGAGCACGGCUCCGAUGAGGACCCUGAGGAGAUGUGGGGUAUUGACGAGCUGGACGAGCUUGAGGAGGAGGAGAGCGAAGAGGAAGAAGAGGAGGAGGAGGAGGAAGAGGAGAAGGCCGAGAAGCUUCUCAAGGACACCGAUCUCGCCGAGAACGAGAAGGUCGCCCAAAAGGAAGACAAGGAUGUUGACCAGCUGGCCAGCCUUCUGGGCAAGACUGGUCUUUAAAGUCGGACAGUUGUUCAGCCUUCCACCUACCCUUCUCGCCCCCCCCCUACUGACACACUAUACACACAUCCUCCGUUUUUGUCGCAUAUCCAACCCAUACCAGUCAGUGAAUCGGCAGUGACUUUUCCGGUGCCGGGAACCCGACGCAUGGCUGUCCCGACUAUGACACGGUGCAAAUCAGCACCGCCUCGUCAUAUCCAGCAGGAACUUA